AUGUCCUUCCCAUACAAGCACAUCCUCAUCAUCGGCGCCACUGCUGGCAUCGGACGAGCUCUCGCAUCACGCUUCGUGCAAUCCGGAGCCAAAGUCACAGUCGUCGGACGACGCAAAGAGCGCCUCGACGAGUUCGUGCAAGAGCACGGCGAAGACAAGGCCAAUGCGGUGCAGUUUGAUAUCAGUGAUUUGGAUAAGAUUCCUGGGUUUGCUGCUGAGCUGAUGACCAAAUCCCCCACAAUCGACAGCAUCUUCCUCAACGCCGGCAUCAUGCUCCCCACCGACAUGACCGACCCCGAGAAAUUCGACCUAUCCAGCUUCAACAAGCAAAUGCACGUAAACUUUACCAGUUAUGUUGCGUUGACGCAUGCCUUUUUGCCAUAUCUUACCAGGAAAGGGGGAGAUACAAGCUUGAUUUACACCACAUCCAACAUCGCCAUCGUCCCCGCAACCUGGAUGCCCGCAUACUCUUCCUCCAAGGCCGCCCUGGGCGCCUUCAUUAUCUGUCUGCGGGAUCAGUUGCGUAAGACCGAAGUGAAGGUUAUUGAGGUGUCGCCGCCGGCGGUGCAAUCCGAACUCCACGAUUUCAUGGGUGAAGAAGGGCGUAAAGUCGGUAUGCUCCUGGAGAAAUUCACGGAUGAGGCAUUCCAGGGUCUAGUGGAAGGAAAGGACGAAAUCAUCGUGGGAGGUAUUGGGCCUAAGGAUGUGUUCUUGGAUAUUGCGAAUAAGCGCAGGGCCGCGGCUACGCAGUUUGCGAGGAUGUUCAAUGUUGGGGGAUAA